AUGCAUCCGCCAUUGGAUCGUCCCCACCCAGAUUGCCAGGAGGCCAUUGAUGAGCUCCGAAAUUGCCAGAAAACUAGAAGCAGAAUUAAGGUUUGGGCUUGCAACGAGUUGAAACAUCGAUUGGACGAUUGUUUCAAGGAAGAAAAGCAAAAGAUUCUUUUGGAUAUGAACAAGGGUUUUGCCGAGCGACGCCUUCUCGAGGAUGAACAAGCCGCUAAAUCUACUGGCAAGAACAUGACGUUUCAAGAAUAUCUGAAGAAAGAUAAGGAAUACCAAAAGGAAAUUGAAAGCAUAAAAAAGAGUGGAAGCAGCUGGUUCGGUUAA